AUGUUCAGCGGCAGAGACUCGAGACGAGGCGACAGCGUUCCGUCAUUGACCAGUCGUAGCAGCGUCGGCGAGGACUCGUGGACCGAAGUGGAGCGACAGGAAAUCGAUCAUGCCACGUCGUGUGGGUCCGGCGGCAUGUGUGUAGUGAUGGAGGAUCCCGUGGAUGUUUUAUACAAACAAGAGACAGUGUACCUGAAAGUGCACGCACUAUGCGCUCAGUCGACGCUGCGGCGUGCGGCAGGAGGUCUCACGAAGAAGAAGAAGAAGACAGAGGCGACGAUGGGGGAGGAGGAGAAGGAACCAAUGCGACACACGGACAGUGCAGUGCACGGAACUCUGUUUGUUACCGACUACCGUGUUUUUUUCCUAUCGGCUGAUAGCUCUCGGGGCAGCAGCAGCAGAGUCGAAAUGGACGUCCACUUGACGAACAUCGCAGAGCUUACGGAGCUCCACGUAGACGGAACAGUCGGUGCGAUGAGUCAGUUGGAGGUUUCGUGCAAGAACUUUGAGCUCGUGAAGGUCAGCUUCACGGGAGAGACUGUCUCAGGUGACGUGUACGUUAAGCUCAACCAGCUGCUCAUCAGCACACUCCGGCCUACAGCGUAUGCACUCGGUCGUGAGCCAGACAGCUUUGGAUGGACGCGGUACGACCCUCAGGCAGAAUUCGCUCGCUUGGGGUUCAAGACACCAAAGAGUGGCAGCCAACUUGGCGGGUUUCGAAUCACGCACGUGAACAGCAAGUACACGAUGUCUCCGACGUACCCGAGCUCGUUCAUAGUCCCUGCAUCCGUGUCAGACGGUGAGUUGCGGAAGAUUAGCUAUUUCCGUGCUCGUGGGCGUGUGCCGGCUGUGACGUAUCGUCACCACAAUGAGGCGGUGGUUGCCAGAUGUGCACAGCCGCUUGUAGGGCUUCGGAGAAAGAGGUGCGCCUCUGAUGAGGCGUACAUGCUUGCGCUACGACGAGAGUGCAAGGGGAAGCUGCUGUUUGUCGAUUGUCGGAAUCAGACCAGUGCAUACGGGAACAUUGCACUAGGUGGAGGGUUUGAAGUUUUGGACUACUACAAGGACACCAACAUCAUGUUCAUGGGGAUUGAAAAUAUUCACUCCAUGCGAGAUUCCAUUCGCAAACUGUUCGAUCUGAUCAAGAACGAAGUACGAGGCAACGAGCGGCCGAAUUGGUUGUCAUGCCUGGAGAGCACACGGUGGCUUGAACACGUGCGUUCUAUUCUCGUGUCGUGUUCCGUUUGUGUCGGAAAACUUGUCGAGGGGACCAGUUUGAUGGUGCACUGUUCGGACGGAUGGGACCGCACUGCUCAAAUAACAGCUUUGGUAAAACUAUGCGCAGAUCCAUUUUAUCGGACAACAAAGGGAUUCCAGGUACUUGUCGAACAAGAGUGGUGUGCAUUCGGACACCAAUUCUGCGCGCGAUCGGGAGACGUAGCCGGCCAAUCGCGUUACUGGGAAGAUGACAACACAUCACCCGUGUUUAUGCAGUUCAUAGAUGCUGUGUGGCAACUGAUGCGCCAGUUUCCCUGUUCCUUCGAGUUUAGCGAACUAUACCUCAUUGCUCUGCUGGACGAAGUCUACAGCAAGCGGAGUGGGACCUUUCUUCACGAUUGUGAAGAAGCUCGGAUGAGAUCCCAGGCUGUCGUCCAGUGUACGACCGCAUGGACGCUACUUGAGAUGCAUCCUCAGGCCACCGAUUUUCGCAAUCCAUUUUUCAUGGUGCCUCUCAGUGGUGACGAUGAAUCGACGUGCAAGUCUCCGUCAGUGCUGCAGUGCAAAUGGCACACGAGCUCGUUGACGAUCUGGUCCGCGUUCUAUCUGAGGUCGCUGGGGUCGAACCACUCUCGGGUACACCAGGAGGCUUGGGCCAAGGAGCUACAGAUCACCCAGCGCGAGUUGCACGAUCAGCUGAGUGCCGCCCAUCAGCGGUUGCAGUCUCAAGUGGAGCAGAACGCAGAUCUCCAUAGUGAGUUGGAACAGCUACGUCAAGAGCGUGCACAGUUGCACCGGUUGCUGGAGGGGGAGGUGUAUAGUGACACACCGAAUGGGUUGCUGGUGCACGAAGAGGACGAGACUGAAGACGGUGUGUUGCUCAGUGUAACGCCCGUCAGCAAGAGUCGCACGACGUUGGAAGCCACUAGCCACAUUGGUGGCUCGAACACGUUUGGAGCAAGUGGAGCCAAGAUGUACUCGACUACUGGCGUUGGCUGUUUCUUGGGUGGGUCCAUGAGUCUGGAGUUUGACAUUUUGCCGACGUACUUUGACCGCACUCGGCACGAGUCUCGACCCACGCGCUUAGCACCGCCAAGCAACAACGUGCACAAUGAGGUCUUUGCUGCGCCCAUAUGA